CUUCAAAGAAAGAAGUUAUUUAUUCGCUGUACUCUGCAAUUUCAAGAAAAAGAAGCUAUUUAUUUGUUGUGCUCUGCAAUUUCAAGAGAGAGAGAUAAAAGAGAGACGUAUGUUAUAUUGAGCUAAACAUCUUAGAGAGAGAGAGAUUUCAUAUCAAGGAACUGUAGUUUUCAAAUAAAUUGGUCAUGGAGAGUGCAGUCAAGAAACAAUGCAGGAAUGUUGAUGAGGUUGCAAUGUAUUUCGAGUUGAAUACAGGGGCAAGGAUUCCAUCUGUUGGUUUGGGAACAUGGAAAGCACCUCCUGGUGCUGUAGGCGAUGCCAUAAUCGCGGCCGUUAAGGCCGGGUAUAGACACAUUGACUGUGCACGAGUGUAUGAUAAUGAAAAGGAGGCGGGGAUAGCUUUGAAGCAUUUGUUUUCAGAAGGCAUUGUGAAACGUGAAGACCUAUGGAUCACCUCGAAAUUAUGGAACUGUGAUCAUGCACCGGAAGAUGUCCCCAAAGCACUUAAUGAAACUCUAAAGGACCUGCAACUCGAUUAUAUCGAUCUUUACCUUAUCCAUUGGCCCUUUCGAGCCAAACCUGGCAUGAGAGGGUGGGAACCAGAGGUGAUGGCCCCACUCAACCUUCCUGAAACUUGGAGUGCCAUGGAGGCCUUAUACUCAGCAGGCAAGGCACGUGCCAUAGGAGUGAGCAACUUCAGUUGCAAGAAGCUCCAAGACCUCCUCGCGCAUGCGAGGGUUACACCAGCUGUUAAUCAAGUCGAGUGCCAUCCUGUUUGGCAACAACCCAAGCUUCAUGAUUUCUGCCAAUCCAACGGCAUACAUUUGACGGCAUAUUCUCCACUAGGUUCACCAGGCUCUUGGAUUAAAGGGGAGAUAUUAAAGGAUGAAACCCUGAAAAUGAUUGCAGAGAAAAUUAACAAGUCUCCUGCUCAAGUUGCUCUGCGAUGGGGACUACAGAGUGGUCACAGUGUCCUUCCGAAGAGCACCAAUGAAUCAAGGAUCAAAGAGAACAUCGAAUUGUUUGAUUGGUCCAUUCCAACUGAUCUCUUCUCCACGUUCUCUGAGAUUCCACAGACAAGGUUGCUUCGCGGGGAAUUUGCUGUACAUGAGACAUCCAGUCCUUACAAGAGUAUAGAGGACGUGUGGGAUGGUGAAAUAUGAAUUACUAUUUGCUCUCAAAUCUUCCCAUAAUAAAUUUGCAUGAGCAUUAAGUUCUCAUGCACUUCAUCUUCACUAAGGUCGUUUAGAUACCUGGAAGUAUAUUAUUCGUGAAAUAUAUUACGGGUGUAAUACAUUACUGCGUAAUACAUUUCCUGUAAAUGGAUUGGUACUGUUUGAGUAGUAUUUAGAUGCAA